CUCUCUCUCUCUCUCUCUCACAGUCAGAUUUCUAACAGUCUCACAGAGACCACCGCUUUCUCUUCUGUAAUUUCUGGCUCUUUCUGUUCCGGCACUCGGAGAACGAAAACGCGUAGUACAGACUGAUACCGAUACGAAAACCGAGAAAGAUUUUUGUUGCCUUCUUUGGUUACUGUAGGUAAUCCUUUGCUUUGCUUGUAAUCUACGUCGGUUUCGGGAAUUUUUACUGGGCGCAUCACUGAAGUCAUUACGUUUCGGAUCUUUAUCGGGAUCAACGAGGUUUUUCAGAGAAUGUCACUCUUACGGACCUGCAUUUUCCUUCGUUGUUGAGUUACACAGUUCUAAUCUUCGUGAAUCAGAAGGACACUCUCCUGUGUGAACUUUUCUUAAAGUAAGGUUGCGAGUGGUGAGCAAGAUCCUCUUCUGCACCAUGUGCUGGAGCUAUUAUGUGCCAGUGAAGCUUUAGAAUAUUUGAUUCUAUGCCAUCUGAUAUACGUCCAAAUAAUUUCUUAAGACCUGCUGGAGAAAUGGGAACCAGUUCAGAGCAAAAAAAGAAUUCAAAACGGGAAAACAGCUGUAAGAUAGUGAAGCAGAGGGCUAUAUCACCCCAAGCUAGUCGAAGCCCAAAGUAUCCAGACAAGUUAAAAGUGAAAAAUUCUGUUCGAUCAUCAUACAGUGAUCUGCAUCCUGAACGAAAACAGGAUAGAGAUGAUAAAAACUUGGUCCAAGCAAAAUCUUCUGGAAAUCAUCAAAGGCAGUGUGACAAGGCAAAUACUAGUAAAGAAGAUGAGCUUGUCAAGCACAUGUCAAAUUUGCCAGGUUAUCUCCAGCGUGCAGAGACGGGAGAAAACCUCCAAGAGAAAGCUUUGAAUUUUGGGGUUCUAGAUUGGGCACAACUAGAAAAAUGGAAAUACAAGCAAAAGCAAAUACCAGCCAGAAGUAGCGAUAAUGCAGUAUGCAGUAGCAUUGAUUUUUCUUUGAAAGCAACCAAUGGAUCAUCUACAUUUUCUACUACCAUCCACAGCAAGACAUUUUCUGAAAGAAACUCUUUGCCUCGUUCUAAUCUCAACUCAUCUCAGAAGGUUGGUCAUCCUCAAGGUACCAAACUGCCUGCCAAGAAUGUCGUACGAUUUCAAGAUUUUGAGAUUGCUUCCAAAAACAACAUAGAUGGGCAGAAAAAGGUACCCUGGACAUACAAGUCUUUUGGCAGAAAUUUCUCAGAUAUAAUGAUUGAUAAGGGGAAGAGAAAAGAUUUAGAUCAUAAGAUUACUUCAGAAAUGGCAAAAUUUUCAACGAACUCAAGAACUAAAGGUGUCUCACCCAUUCAGAAGCACAAUGUGAGUGCUUGGGAUGGUGAAGCUAAGAAGAGCAUCGAGGAGUUGGGAGAAUCAGAAAUCAAGAGAAAAGAUAGAGAUCAAAAGAUCAUCUCAGAAAGCAGAGCUUCACGUCCAAAAUUGAGAAGCUAUGGGGUCUCACUUAGUUCAAAGGAGAAGCUGAGUUCUGGCAGUGGUGAAAAUAGGAAGAGGGUAGAGGAGUUGCGACAACCAGAUAUAGAUCUCACUAAGGGGCGUUCCCAUGGUGAGAACAAGAAUGUUGUUCUCCCUCGACCAGAGUUACCCAAAAAUGAAUUUUCUGAAGUAUUACAACUUUCGCAACCCAAACAAUCCAAGGAGAAGUCAUCAGAAGCACAGUGGAGUACUUUUUCAGAUACAUUUUCUGGUAAGGUUGUUCACUCUGCAGGACUCAGUUCUGAAAUUCCAUACUCCUGCCCUCUGCCUUCUAGAGUUGAGGCCAAUGCCGUGUCGGGCAUGGCGCCACAUAGCCUGAUCAAUGCUCGGUGUAAUGAGCUCUCAUCUGUUGCAUCUCACACAUACCAAUGCUCAAAUAAAACAUCCAACAUGCUAUCUAAAGGUAGAUAUGCAGAAAAGAAUGACUUAGACCUUGAGCUUACUAAUUCAGAUGUUGAUACUGUAAAAAUAUCGGAUGAAGAAACUGCUGUGCUGGCAGCUAGAAAUAUCAAAAAUCUAUCACCCAAUCGCCGGUUUAGCUUCAGCUUAGAACGUCUGCGAAGAAGUUUCAGUUUCAAGGAGGGUUCAUCUGCUCCACAAUUGAGCUCCUCAUAUGUUAGUAUCAAGUCCGGUCCCAUGAGAUCUGAAACUUCUGUUUCUUUGGAUAAUUCAAAUAGAGAGAAGUCAGUUCUUCAUCACAGAGCUAAAUCCAGCCCUUUAAGAAGGUUACUAGACCCCAUACUGAAGCAUAAGUUAGCAAAUCCACUCCACUCUGCUGAAACCGUUCAGUCAUUGAAAGAAAGUUUGGAUUCCUUUAGCUCUAGGCCAACUAGUGUCAGUCACUCACUUCAAAAUGAGAAGCAUGAGGCAUCAACUACUCAAGCCCUUUUGCAACUUACAGUAAAGAAUGGGCUCCCUUUGUUUAAGUUGAUGGUUGAGAAUGACAGAAACGUUCUUGCAGCCACAAUGAAAAAUUUAACGUCAUCUGGGAAGGAUGAUUCAGGCCAAAAUUAUACAUUUUACUAUGUUAAUGAAUUUAAGAAGAAAAGUGGUGGCUGGAUGAGUCAUGGAAGUAAAAGGGAUAGCUGUGGCUAUGUCUAUAAUGUCAUCGGUCAGAUGAAGAUUUCCAGCUCUUGCUUCUCUGAUUUGAGUGGACAUUAUUCCGGCAACCAGUACAUAGCAAGAGAAUCUGUCUUGUUCGGUGUUGAGCUAAGGCAGGCAGAUCAAGAACCACUGAAAUUCAAGCCAAAAAGGGAGCUUGCAGCCGUUGUUGUCAAGAUCCCUUGCGAAAACUUAAGCCAUGAUAGAAUGAAAAGUAAUAAAGAUUUGGCAGAGGAGCUCUGCAUAAAAUGUUUGCCAGAAGACAGAUGCUCUUGCAACUUCAAAGAAAAUGAAGAGUCUGAUAGUAUUAUGGUCAUACUUCCAGGCGGUGUUCAUAGCUCACCAAACAAAGGAGAGCCUUCGCCAUUGUUAGAUAGGUGGAGAUCUGGUGGAUCAUGUGACUGUGGAGGUUGGGAUGUUGGCUGCAAGCUGCAUGUUCUCUCCAACCAGAACGAAAGCAGUGAGAUUCACAAGACAUCCAAAGCUUCCCCUAUCCCAGAUCAUAUUGAACUUUUUGUCCAGGGAGAAGCUGAGCAGACCAGGCCCUUCUUCAGCUUGACACCAUUGAAGGAUGGAGUCUACUCGAUUGAAUUCAAUACAUCAAUCUCUUUGUUACAGUCAUUCUCCAUUUGUGUCGCACUUUUAAGCUGUAAGAAACAGGUGGAUCUCUCUGAAACGACCAAUAUGCCUGAAGCAAAAGUUUUCGAAGAAUCCAUUCUGAAUGAAAAUGGUGGAAUCCAGAGAAAAGCGGCUUCAAAAUAUGCUCCAAGCCCCCCUCCCUCCCCUGUCGGGAGGGUCUAGUUUCAUGCAAGGAAGCUGUUAUCUCUGUAAGGUAAAGAGGGCAGCCAGUGAACUCCUCAAAAGCAGAUGUUCUGUUCAUAGUCAACCACUGUAUUGACACGUGCAUCGGCUUUUGAGAAAGACGUUUUAACUGGAGUGCCUCUUUGGUAGAAGACGUGUCAUUUUGUGUUGGCUUUGCUACCGCACCAACCUCACUCUUGUACAAAAAGAUAAUAAUGUCAUCCGCUGUAUAAGUACAACAUAGCAUAUUAAAACAGAAGUCUAAGACUACUGUAUGCUCCAAAAGAGGAUCGAAACUCAGCCUUGAAAUCUUUGCCAAA